AUGGACGCCUUUUCGCCCACCGGCCCCAUGUCGGCGGAUGAGUUCAAUAUGUCCGCGGUACACGACGGACUGCGCUCCCUGGGCAGCGUGCUCGGAGCGAGAGGGCCGCACAAGACUUCCGGCCCCCACGAGGCCGGCCCGUCGCCCUCGGGCAGCUCCAACGGCCCCAACGCCUUCUCCAAGGUCCAGAUAUGCUUCGACUUCUGUAAGGGGCACUGCAGGCGCGGCGCCGGGUGCAAAUUCUCCCACGACAUGGGUUCGAUCAUCGCGAUCAACUGCCAGGAGGGCCGCAUCUGCUACGACUUCGUGCGCGGGCAGUGCCUCCGCGGCGCCCUGUGCCGCUACAGCCACGACACCGCCGUCCUCGCCACACACAACCUGGUGAAGUCGCAGUCCGGCGCGGAGCACGACCCCUCGCAGCCGCACAUCUGCUUCGAGUUCCUCCAGGGCACGUGCGACCGCGGCGACUCGUGCCGGUACUCGCACAACGUCAACGUGGCCCGCUCGGACGGGCGCCGCACGUCGAGCUACGCGCCCGGGCCGGCCGGCGCGCCCAUGCACCACGACUUCCGGAUGGUGCUGGCGGCGCAGCUGGCGGCGCAGUCCGCGGUGACCCGGGAGGGCGGCCGGCAGGUCCGCAGCGACAGCGGCCUCCCGCAGAUCCCGCCGGGCCUCCUGCGGCACUUCGUGCGGCCGGGGCACGGCGCGCCUGCGCCGCCGCAGCACCACAGCGCGCCCGCGGGCGCGCCGUACGGCGACGUGGGCCUCGCGCAGCUCCAGGAGGAGCAGGCGCGGUGGAUGCAGGAGCAGAUGUGGCUGCGGCAGCUCCUCGUGGCCGGCGACGCCGCCGCGACCCCGCGCGCGUCCGAGGUGCCCGCCCCCGCAGGCCCCGUCUCCUUGGCCGACCUCCUGUCGCACGACGGCGCGCAGCAGGGCUACCCGGGCGCGCCGGCGCCGCAGCAGCAGUCGUACGGGGCCCCUCUGCCGCCCCAGUUCUACUCUUUGCCGGAGCAGUGCCUGGCGCCGGCGGGAAGGCAGGACGCGCUCUCCGAGUACCUGGCGGCGGCGCUGCGCGACCCGAGCGUCGCGGACGCGGUCGGGGCGCUCGGGCGCGCGGACGCGGCCGCAGCGCAGCAGCAGGCGGCGGCGCAGCACGCGACGCGGUCGGCGAUGGAGCCGGCCGGCCACACGGCGCAGGUGGUGUCCGGCCGAAGCCUGAUCGCGGGCGGGGGGCCGCCGAGCUGGCACACUUCCGCGCUGUCCACGGACUCGACGCAGCAAGGGCCAGCGAGCACGUGA